GCCAGUGACUCGGUCUCCAGGCACCGGGAAUAACAGAAGCCAGCUGAGAGCGCCUGCGCGGCUGUCGGUUGAGGGGGAGGUCGGGCGUCAGUCCAGGCCCUGAAUGGCUGAUCUCCAGCGGUUGGCGUCACAUCUGCCUGUGGGCGUUAUGCUCCCACAUAAUACAACAGAAGCUCCAGGGCCCCACUCAGCCAAGCAAGACUCUUACGAACAAGGUGACUCUUCCUAGCAGUCCUUGAAGGGGCACCUGAGGAACAAUUUCCAGAAGCAGCUUUUGAGCAACAAAGAGUUGACUCUGGAUAAAGUCUAUACUCACCCCAAAUGGAACACCCACACAAAAGCCCGGAGCUACUCCUAUCCCCACCGUACUGGAAUCAGCCAGCAAGAUCCAGAAAGUGAUUCCCAGGGCCAAGGAAAUGGUUUGUUUUACUCGUCAGGCCUUCAAUCCUGGUAUCCCAAAGCCAAUAACCAGGACUUUAUCCCCUUUACAAAGAAACGAGUUGGAGUGGACCGGGCGUACCCACUGAAACCCGUGGUCCACAGGAAGUCGUGCAGUACAGGUGAGGCUGGCACUGAUGGGGACCAUAAUGUCUACCCAAGGCCCCCCGAGCCGAGAGAGUUUUCAUCCAGGAACUUUGGUGUGAGGAACCAGGUCAACUUUUCUGUGGCUGGUACUGUUCUUGCUGCCAUGCAGGCGGAGAAGGCCGUGGCAAACUUUGACAGGAUGGAGUGGGUGCGGAUCCGAAGACUAGAAGCUGCAGGGGAGAGCUUAGAGGAGGAAAUCCGAAGAAAGCAGAUUCUCCUGAGGGGAAAGCUGAAGAAGACAGAGGAGGAACUCAGAAGGAUCCAGACACAAAAGGAACAGGCCAAGGAAAAUGAAAACAGAGAGCUACAGAAAAUUACACUCCCCAGGAGCAGAGUUAAAGGUAAUAACAGCAACACCAUGUACAAACCUAUCUUCUCCCCAGAAUUUGAGUUUGAGGAAGAAUUUAGUAGAGACAGGAGAGAGGAUGAAACUUGGGGACGGUCUCAACAAAAUUCAAGUCCAUUCCAGCUCUCUGAUUAUAGAAUCCAGAGGCUCAAAAGGGAAAGGCUGGUAGCAAGCAAUACCAAAAUUCGAGACCGAGUCUCAGAGCCGUCGAUGGAGAAGUUCUCCCCGCCUUCAGAAACACCAGGUGGUGCUUUGCAGGGAUCCGCCAGAAAUUCCAGCCUGUCCAUGGCACCAUACUCCUCAGAUUCCAGCGGCUCCACUGAAGAGCCACAGAUGGGUGAGUGCAGCCACUGUGGGCGCAAAUUCCUCUUGUUCAGGCUGGAGAGACACUCCAACAUCUGCAGCAGGAUGCAGGGUUCCAAGAGGAAAGUGUUUGACUCUUCCAGGGCCCGGGCUAAGGGCACAGAACUAGAGCAGUACUUGAACUGGAAGGGGCCAGCUUCAGCCAAGGCUGAACCUCCUCAGAAGAGCAACUGGAGACAGAAGCAUGAAUCUUUUAUCCAUAUGCUCCGCCAGGCUCGAGAGGUCCAGCAGGUAACUGCCAAAGGUGGAAACCGUUCACACUUGCCUUCCAUCCUGCCUGCAGAAAACCCAGACUACAUUCAGUGUCCUCACUGUAGCCACCACUUUGCUCCCAAGGUGGCUGAGCAACACAUUCCCAAGUGUAAGACCAUCAAGAACUGUCUUCCACCUCCAAGGAAGCAUUAUAGUUGAGCAGACAACAAUGGAAACUUCGGGAUAGUUCAGAAAGCUCUGCUUCUCUUCAGCAGUAAAUGGGAGUAGAAUUUGAUGCAAAGCAGAAAGAAAUCAAACAGCUCCCAGAUCUGUCUGCAGAGCUAAAAUCUGUGAGGAGAGAGCCACUGCUAAGCAGCAGGAGGCAGAAGGAAGCCCCAGCUUCCCACUAAAUUACAACCUUGGGCUGGUAUGCUUUAUGUUAUUGUCCUCAGAAUUGAUGGGUGAAGACACUGAAGAGUCGUGAGCAGGCUCCAUUAAAGCUCUCUUCUUGCAUGCCUGA